AUGGUCGUUGUUGAUGGAGCAUCAGUAGAAGACUGUCCUGUUGGAAUGGUCGAGGGAAAGAUUCCAGCAGUUGGCUUGAUAAAGGCAAAGGAUCUGGCAGAUGGUAAAGAGCUUCUUCCGCAGGGAAAGGACACUGUUGACCACGAGAGCAAAAGCGCAGAUGCGUCGGAAGAUCAAGUCAAGAAUGAGGAUUCCGUGGAAGAAGACACCGAUCAACCCAAAGUUAUGGAUGGGCAAGGGAACAAACUUGACAUGGGUACGCCAGAAAUGAGCUCUAAGGGGGCAGAAACGAAGAACAGGGAUAGCCGUGGCAACGAUGACAAUCGGCAAGUCACGCACGAAGAUCAAAAGUUGGACAAAUGGGUUCCAAGCCAAGAAGAUAUAUCGAUGGAACUCGGAGGUGGUAUUUGCAAGCGAGGCCCGACCACGGACAAUGACCCAAAGCUCAAGGAGAACACAAAACGUGAACUAAAUGAGGAAACGAAGAAGAAUGCUGUGCACAAAAGGGCAGAGGAAAGCAAAAGUACCGGUCCAGUACGCGCAGCCAUCGAAGGCAAAGCACCCGCACCUCCUCUGGUUCAUCUACUAGGUCCAAGGCACGUGGAUCCAAGAAAAGCGAUGCCGCCUCCGCAGCAAUACUAG